GCAGACACUUCCGCCUUCGGGAGGUGUCAGGGGGCUGCUGCGGCCUCCAGGGGGAGGCUUUGUGGCGCAGAGACGGGACCCGGAGGUUGCGGCCUGGGGCGGCCCCCGUGACCGCCCAGUCCCUCGGCCACCCUGGCGCGCGCACGAACGGCCCCGGAGCCGGUGCUGGGCAGGCCCGGAGAACGGCCCUGCGGCGCGGCGGUUCCCGUCCGGGAAGGAAAUAGCCCUGUGCCACCCAUGCCAGGAGGUCCUUCUCUGUCCCCGGUCUGGCUGGAUGUCAGUGAAGACAGUGAAGAAAGUGCCAUGGCCCUCAGGAACAAGAUGCCUCAAGUGAGGUAAGGAAGGAGAGGCAAUUUCCAGAGCGUCAGGACAGAGAGAAGGCCCAGACCAGCAGAAUUCCCCAAAGCAGCAGAAAAUGAUCAUGCCACAGAUAUCAUUUGAGGAUGUGGCUGUGGAUUUCACAUUGGAGGAGUGGCAGCUACUAAAUCCCAUCCAAAAGAACUUGUACAGAGAUGUGAUGUUGGAGAACUAUAGCAAUCUAGUGUUCUUGGGUCAUGAAAUUCUCAAACCUGAUGCAGUUUUGAAGCUGGAGCAAGAAGAGCCCUGGAAAAUAAAUGAAGAAAUUCUAAAUCACAACUUCUCAGAAGAACUCUGGCUAGAUAAUAAUGUCAAAAUGUGGCACCACAAUAAUCAAGACAAGCUUAAAAAUAUGGAGAAAGGCCAUCAAUAUGUUUUGGGGAAAAUAUUUCAUUCAAGCAUUAACUUUGUUCAUUUAGGAAUGAGACUCCAUAAAUGUGGCACAAGUGAAAAAAGUUUGAAUCAUCCUUUUGAUUUUCUUAUUCAAAAAAAUAACCGUGGAAGAAAGAAACUUGAGCUCAAUAAGAAAUUGUUAUUCUGUAUCAAAACUGACAGAACCUUUGGUGAAAUAAAAUACUGUGAUUGCAAUAAAUGUAGAAAGGCCUGCAACCAAGAGUCAUGGCUCAUUACAAACCAUACAACACACAGAGGAGUCUAUUUAUGCAUGGAAUGUGGUAAAGUUUUUAACAAGAAGUCACAGCUUAUUAUACAUCACAGAACUCAUACGGGAGAGAAGCCCUAUGGAUGCAGUGAAUGUGGGAAAGCCUUCUCACAAAAGUCACUGCUCACUAUUCAUCAAAGGACUCAUUCAGGAGAGAAACCAUAUGGAUGUGGUGAAUGUCCAAGAGCUUUCAGUAGGAAGUCACUGCUCAUUCUACAUCAAAGAACUCAUACCGGAGAGAAGCCCUAUGGAUGCAGCGAGUGUGGGAAAGCCUUCAGCAGGAAGUCACAGCUUAAAAGACAUCAAAUAACCCAUACAAGAGAGAAACCCUAUGGCUGUAGUGACUGCGGGAAGUCUUUCUCCCAGAAAUUAAAGCUCAUUACACAUCAGAGAACGCAUACAGGAGAGAAACCCUAUAAAUGUAGUGACUGUGGCAAAGCCUUCUUUUGGAAGUCACAGCUCAUUACUCAUCAAAGAACCCACACAGGGAAGAAACCUUAUGCAUGUAGUGAGUGUAAAAAAGCCUUCAGCAGGAACUCACUCCUUAUCAGGCAUCAGAGGAUUCACACAGGAGAGAAGCCCUAUGAAUGCAGUGAAUGUGGUGACGCCUUCAUCAGAAAACCACAGCUUAUCAGACAUCAAAUCACACACACAGGAGAGAAGAACUGUCAGUGUAGUGACUGUGGGGAAGCCUUCUUUAAGAAGUCAGAGUUAAUAAGACAUCAAAAACUUCAUUUAGGAGAGAGACCCUAUGGAUGUGUUGAAUGUGGUAAAACCUUCUUUGGGAAGUCACAGCUUCUUACACAUCAGAGAACUCACACUGGAGAGAAACCUUUUGAAUGCAAUGAAUGUGGGAAAGCCUUCACCCAAAAGUCAAGCCUGAUAUCCCAUCAGAGAACUCAUACAGGCGAGAAACCCUAUGAAUGCAGUGAGUGUGGGAAAACCUUCAGUGAGAAGUCAAGUCUCAUUCAUCAUCAGAGAACCCAUACUGGGGAAAAGCCCUUUGAAUGUAGUGAAUGUAGGAAAGCUUUUGCCUGGAAGCCACAGCUUCUUCGGCAUCAAAGAAUCCAUACAGGGGAGAAACCCUAUGCAUGCAAUGAAUGUGGGAAAGCCUUUGUUCAGAAAGUACAACUCAUUAAACAUCAGAGAAAUCAUACAGGAGAGAAAUCUUAUGGAUGCAGUGAUUGUGCAAAAGCUUUCUUUGAGAAGGCACAGCUAAUUAUACAUCAGAGAAUUCAUACAGGAGAAAGGCCCUAUAAAUGUGGAGAAUGUGGAAAAUCUUUCACUAGAAAGUCACACCUUAUGAGGCAUCAGAGAAUUCACACAGGUGAUAAAUACUAUGGGUGCAACGAAUGCGGGACUACCUUCAAGAGGAAGUCACAGCUCAUGAUCCAUCAGAAGAAUCAUGUAAUAUAGAAACCACAUGAGAGCAGUGAGUAUGGAAAGGCUGCUAGCAGAUGUCAUGCCUCUUAUUGCUUCUGAGGAUACACACACGGGACAGAAACCCUGUCAUUGCAGUGACUGUUGGGAAAAAAUUUUUAUUGGAAAGGCAGUGUCACUAAAAAGAAUUCAGAGAUUUUUUAAAAAGUAGACAAUAUAAGAAAGCCUUCUCCCAGAAGACACAACUUAUUACACAUUGAUAGCUCAUCUAUCAAUAACAGAAACUUCUGGUCAAAAGUGAAAGCUUGUUAAAUAUUUAGAAGACCUAAAUAGGUCAUAACAAGUGAGAGGAAGAUUUCAUUCAGAGUAACAUACUUACUAGAGAAUGUGUACAUACGGGAAAUACUGAGUAUUAGAGAUUUCAUAGGCAGAAGUAGUCCUAGUAGUUGGAAGAACUUUAUAAACAUCAUACUAUUGAAAUAAUUCAGUAACGAAGUAGUUUGUUGUACACAAAUUAUAAGAGAUGGUCAUUUUUAAAUGGUAGAUAUGUUUUAAGUGUGAAGACAUCUGCUUUCUGCAGUGGUGGCAGGUCAAGGACCGAAUUAACUCUCUGGCCUUAAACAGCUAAAAACUGGUGUUAGACAUGUGACAAGCAGAGGUUUGUCAUCGCUGGCAGAAGGUGGACAAAGUGGUGGCAGUUUCCAGGCUGCAGCUCAGGGAAGGGAACAAGCGUAGUCCUGCCACGUUGAAUAGAGUUGCAGGAUUGGCAUUUGGGGAGGCCAUGGCAAUAGCAUUUGCAAGGAAAGCAGUGGAGGGGAAGGAGCCUCCCAGAGAGAGGACUGCAGAAAUAGACAUGUUGUCCUGUGAGCUGAUAAAGUGGGCUGGAAAGCAGUAGGCUGAGCAGUUCCUAGAACUCAUUGCAGGGCUGACAACAGUUCCCACCGGCCACAGUGGAAACAACUUUUAAUACAUGGGCUUCAGGUAGAAUUCCCGGAAGACUGUUGCCUUAGUAGUGUGGUAAUUAACCCUAGAUUAAAAGCUACUUUGGACCCACAAUGUCUGGCAUGCAAAAAGGCAAGAAACUGUGACUUGUAAUCAGUAGAAAAAUAAUCAGUAGAGACAUAGAAAAGACUGUGGUUAGAAGUGGUUAGAUGCCGAAACCGGUUUGGCUCAGUGGAUAAAGCGUCGGCUUGCGGACUGAAAGGUCCCAGGUUCGAUUCCGGUAAAGGGCAUGUACCUGGGUUGCGGGCACAUCCCCAGUAGGAGAUGUGCAGGAGGCAGCUGAUCGGUGUUUCUCUCUCAUCGAUGUUUCUAACUCUCUAUCUCUCUCCCUUCCUCUCUGUAAAAAAUCAAUAAAAUGUAUUUUAAAAAAAAAAAGAAGUGGUUAGAAUUAGUAGACAUGGAUGUUGAUAUAGCUAUUAUAAAGCAGAGGAAAACAUGAAUUUGAUGAAACUUGAAGUGGAAGAUAUAUUUUUAAAAGCCAAAUGGGGCUUCACAGGGUGAGAAUUUCUUAAAAUUUAAAAAAAAAAAUGUGGGUGGAAUUAAGAACAGAUUAGACAUAGAAGAAGAAAAUAAUGAACCUGAAUACUAAGAAUAAAAACUAUCCAAAUGAGGUACACAGAGAAAAAAGAGGGAAGGGAAUGGGGGGUCCACUACAAUGGUAUGAAAUACAUAUAAUUGGAGUUUCAGAAGGGAAGAGAGAAGAGGCAAAAGAGACUAUUUGAGUAAGUAGUGGCUGAAAAAUUUCCACAUAUGCUGAAAAGUAUAACUCCACAUAUUCAAGAAGCUCAAAGAACACAAAACAGAAGAAACAAAAUCAUGCCAAUGGACAUCAUGUCAACUUGAUGAAAACCAGUGAGAACCUCAGUAAAGCAACUGAAGAAAAAAAGACAAAGAAUGACAGCACACUUCUGACUAAAGACUGGGGAACCAUUUGUAAAUUACUGAAAGAGGAUAAAAAACCUGCAACCUAGAAUUUACCCAUCAAAAGCAUCUUUCAAAAAUGAAAACAAAAAGAUUUUUCAGGAAAACAAAAGGAGAAUUCAUCACUGAACACCUGCCUUCAGGAAACAUUAAAGUUGUUUUGGGGCAGCAGGAAAAUAACAUUAAGUGGAAAUUUGCAUCUUCAGGAUGAAAGGAAGAGUUCUAGAAAUGGCGAAUAUAUAGGUAAAUAUAAAAGCUAUUUUUCUCAUUUUAAAACAGUAAUAGUCCUGCUUACAGCAAAGCAAUGACAAUGUGUUUUGCGUUAUGAUCUACUUAGAAGUAAAGUGUAUGACCACAAUAGUGCGUAAGUAUGAACCUUUAAAGAUAGUUGAAUAGACUGUAUCAUCGGAGUCAGAAACCCGUUUCCUCGGGGCACAGGAUGGCUUGUGUUUGUAGCAGCUACACAGAAUAUGCAUGGUGACGUUCCAGUGAUGGUUUCUCUAGCAGUGCUGUGUGAUCUGUGUAUGAUAAUAAAGUGGUUUCCACCAUCA